UGCCUGCUGUCUAAAAUGGGUUGCGACUAGCUUUAUUUACGGACCUUGCCAACUGAGACAUGAGUACAGCAUUCUACCUUUUCCCUCCCACUUGAGCACAACGAGCGACACGAUGACGGACAUCAUUUACACGUCGUCUUACCCGUCUGUUCCCCUUUGUCGACGUUCUAUCUUCACUCAUCUUCUUGGUGUUUCUCCGUCUUCCCCGGGCACAGUUGGUGGCUUCCCUGCGUCAUCCCCCGCAUUCAUUGAUGCCCUUUCUGGUGCAACUAUUUCUCGCGGAACACUUCGCUUAUAUGCUCUCCAGUUAGCAUUCUCCUUUCACAAUCUUCCUGAACCGCUAGAGAACCGCACCAAGACAAUCCUCAUUUUCUCUCCCAAUUCAAUCACAUGGCCUGUCAUGAUGUUUGGUGCAGUGGCCGCUGGCUUUUGUGCAACGCUUGCAAACAGCGCAUACACUCCAAAUGAACUAAAGUAUCAAUACAUUGAUGCAGGAGCUCAUCUUGUAUUUGCCCACCCUUCGCUGGUUGGGACAGCCCGAACCAUGCUAAGAUCCCUUGGAUGCUCCGAGCAGGAAAUACGGAGCCGUAUCGUCGUGGCUGGAGCUCAAUGGAUCACAGGUGUCAAAGACGCCUCCGUUCCAGAUGCCGAGCUAAAAGACCUAGUGACAAUAUCUCAACUCCUUGAACGUGGAGAGCUCAAAGAAGAAGUCAGUUUCGACGGCGAACGCUCAAACGAAACUGUAUAUCUCUGCUACUCCUCUGGUACGACCGGCCAACCAAAGGGUGUCGAGACUACGCAUUAUAAUCUCACCUCUGUCCUCGAGAUACUCAAGCCUGUCUGGCCCACAUCUAAACCAUGCCUUACUCCAUCCAUUCCUGAUCAGGGCGGUGUCGAUGUUCUCUUUGGGUGUCUGCCAUACUAUCACAUUUAUGGCGGUGUCAAGCUUCUUCAUAUGCCGUUAUUUUUAGGUGCACCAUCUGUUGUCAUGGCAGGGUUCGACCCUGACGGCUUCUGCGCUGCAAUCGCAAGGUACCGCGUGACGGUUGGUUUCGUAGUUCCUCCGAUGUUAGUCGUAUUUGCGAGACACCCAGCUAUCCAGAAACAUGAUCUCACCUCCCUCGAGAUUCUUUUCUCAGGCGCCGCACCCCUCGGCGCGGAGCUUGUCUCAACCGUGAUGAAGCGCAUGAAAAGCUUUGGCGCGAAUGUGACUAUCCCACAAGGCUAUGGUCUCACAGAAACCUCACCAACGGUAUUCCUCCUUCCUAUUCCCGACGCCAGUAGUCAUGUGGGAUGUGCGGGAGUACUGCUCCCAAACUUGGAGCUCAGACUGGUUGUCGAAUCUGAGGGCGAAGCACAUACGGAUAUUCCAGGUGCGGGUGAGUUAUGGGUGAGAGGGCCGACGAUCAUGAAGGGAUACCUGAACAAUCCCACUGCAACUGCUGCAGCUAUUACGCCUGAUGGGUGGUUCAAGACUGGUGACAUUGCUGUGCGAGACAAGGAUGGGUUCUUCACGAUCGUGGACCGGAGAAAAGAGUUGAUUAAAUACAAGGGCUUCCAAGUUCCUCCCGCCGAGCUGGAGUCAGUGCUGUUACAACACGCCGAAGUCGCGGACGCGGCUGUAAUUGGGAUUGAGAGCAAGGAAGAAGCAACAGAAUUGCCUCGCGCAUAUAUUGUCCCCUCACGCACGCUUUCCUCUCAAGAAACGUCUUCAUUCGCACUAGGCGUCCAAGACUGGGUUUCACGGCGUGUCGCGCCACACAAACGGUUAAGAGGAGGAGUUAUCAUCAUCGACAAGGUGCCGAAAAGUGCUGCUGGGAAGAUCCUUCGUCGCGAACUUCGCGAGCGCGCGAAGACGGAGGUUGCGGAGGGACAGCUGAUACCUCGUGCAAAGCUCUAGAAUGUGGAGACCGACAUCCUUGCUUGCGGUGCUUUAGUGACAAAGGACCUUGGGAGUCCCAUCUACAUAGCGUUGCUGUGUACUGACAUACAAAUUUUUUAUUGCAUGUUUAUCAUUGGUUCUCACUGCUGGCGCUCUCAAAUAUACCAUAUAUGUAUAUAUACGCUUCUGGCUUGCCAUCGCCGACAUGGAAUGAUUUGCG